AUGAAAUGGAAUGGAAUAAUAAAAUUUAAUCGAUUUAAAUCAAUACUGAAAAAGAAAUGGAAAAAAAAAAGAUAUUUUUUGAAAAAAAAAAAAAAAAAAAAAAAAAUCUUUUUUUUUAUUUUUCAAUUUUUUUUAUUUUUUUUAUUUUUUUUUAUUUAUUUUUUAAAACUUCUGAUUAGAACUCAAGUAAUUAAUAUGAAAGAUUACACUAAAGUUAGUAAUUAUGAUAUAGAUCAAGAUAAUUAUAAUGAAAACGGAAGUGGAGGUUAUAAAAAAAUAAAGAAUGGAGCAUCAACUUCAUCAACAAACAACCAACAAAGAAUUUUAAUUGAAAAGGAAGCAAAUGAUGCAAGUUUAUCAAUAUAUACAAAUAAAUCAAGAUAUAUAACGAUGAUUUUAGCAUCAUUUCAAAUGUUAUUAGUAUCUGGUAUGGUAUUUGGUUGGCCAGCAUUAGAAUAUGAAUUAGAAAAACAAAAUGUUUUUAAAUAUCUUUGUAAGGAUGGUGAAGAGUUACCAUGUCCAAGUCAAGCAUCAAGAUUAAAUUUAGUAUAUACUAUUGGUGCAUUUACAUCAACAGGAUCAGCAUUUUUAACAGGUGCAAUUUAUGAUAGAUAUGGACCAAGAAAAACCAACUUUUUAUCAUUUCUAUUAUUAGUUUUGGGUUGUAUAUUAUGGUAUUGUUCAUAUUUGUAUGAAGCAAAUCUAUAUAUUCUAUCAUUUGCAUUGAUUGGUACUGGUGGUCCAGCAUGUCAAGUAUCAUUAUUACAUAUUAGUAAUUUAUUUCCAUCAACAAGUAGUGGUAUAACAUCAUUAUUUAGUGGUAUGUUUGUAGGUUCUUCAAUCAUUUUCAAAGUUUUUAGUGUAAUUGCAAAUAAAUAUUCAAUUGAAGUUUCAUAUAUAUUCUUGGGUUAUAUGGUAUUAUUAGUACCAUUAUUCAUACCAACUUGGAUAUUAUUAAGAAAUAAACCUUUUAUACCAAUUAAUGAUUUUAAAAUUUUAAAUAAUAUACCAAUUUCAGAUAAUAACAAUGAUAAUGGCAAUAAUGAUAAUAAUAAUAAUAAUGGUAAUGGUAAUUCAGAAGUUUCAUCAAUUCAAAAUAAUCAAAUUAAUCCAGAAUCAUUAAAUUUAUUUUCAAAUGUUAGAGAACAACCAGUAUUUACUCAAAUAUUUUCAAAAGAAUUCUUUUUACUUUGUUUUUAUAUGAGUUUUAAUUCACUUCAUUUGGUUUAUUAUAUGGGUGUCGUUAAUGACAUGUUUGAAGAUAAACAAAUUUAUGUAGAUAUUUUCAAUUAUAUGUGGAGUGGUGGUGUAUUCUUUAUACCAUUAGUUGGUUGGAUGAUGGUUAAAACAAGUUUACAUAUAAAUUGCUUCUUGGUAAAUGUAUUCGCACUGGUAUUUGGCGUUUUAUCUUCAAUUAAUGUCGAUCAAGUUCAACUUGGUACAUUUAUUUUCGCUUCAUUUACAAAUGUUUCAUUAUGGUCUUUUUAUUUCAUUUAUUUAUCCGAUGUAUUUGGUAAUAAUAAUUAUGGAAAAUUAUUAGGUUUAUCCUCUGUUGUUGUAGCAGUAGUAGGUUUACUUGAAGUAUGUAUAAACAUUUUAUUAUAA